AUGAGUGCCAACCCUCACGACUUGACGCUCAACAUCGAGUGCUACAACAACGACUGGGACGUUGCGGGCAAGCUGAAACGGGAGACCCUCGAGACCAUGUCCACCGAGCUGGUAGCGCGUGCCGAGCGUACCAUGGCGUGGGCGCUGAUGGUGGCCGGGCUGCGGCCGACAAACGUGGAGUCGGUGGAGCUAGUCGGGGGCGGUACCUGGGUGCCGGCGGUCAAGCAGCUGGUUUGCAAGGUGUUCCAACGGAAGCCCUCGACGAAACCGCAUCAGGACGAGGUUAUGGACCGGGGCUGCGCCCUGCAGUGUGUCUUGCUGUCACCCAUCUUCAAGAUGCGAGACUUUGCGGUGGUGGACGCCCAGCUUAACUCCAUCGAGCUGUGCCACGACCCGGGCAAGGGAUAG